AUGGAGCAAGUGUGUGCGUUGGAAGGUCACAGCGAGCGCGUGUGGCACGUUUCGUGGCGUUUCGACAGCAAGUUACUUGCAUCUUGUAGUGGCGAUCGUACGAUUCGUUUAUGGUCAGCCAAUGGAAGUGGAAUUUGGGAGUGUGUGGGCAUUCUGGAGGAUGCACAAGGCCGUACCAUUCGAGCAUGCGAGUGGUCUCCAGAUGGUCGUUACUUAGCGUCCGUGAGUUUUGACGCUACGACAGUUAUUUGGGGAAAGCAGGGUAGCUCGUAUGAGGUGAUUUCGAGUCUAGAGGGGCACGAGAGUGAGGUGAAGAGUGUGGCUUGGAGUCCAUCAGGUGCUUAUUUGGCAACUUGCAGUCGUGACAAGAGUAUCUGGAUCUGGGAAGCUGAUGCUGACACGGACUUUGAGUGUAUCUCAGUACUUCAUGGCCACACACAGGACGUCAAGUGUGUGGUUUGGCAUCCGACCGAAGAUCUCCUAAUAUCGGCUAGCUACGAUGACACUAUUCUUAUUUGGGCUGAAAACGAUGAUGAUUGGUACUGCAAGGAGACGCUGAUGGGCCACACGGCGACAGUGUGGGGAGUUGCACUUAAUUCACAAGGCACUGAGAUGGUCUCAGUAUCUGAUGAUAAAAACCUGAUCAUUUGGCAGUACGAUCCUCAGAGUAAAGAGGUGAACGAAGAUGGGAGCAUCAAGCAAUGGAAAAAAACGCUGACGCUUUCUGAUCAUCAUGAACGCACAAUCUUCAGUGUCGAUUGGUCCACGCAUGGUGAUUUUCUUGCUACAGGUGCUGGUGACAAUGCUAUUCGAGUAUUUUAUCGGAAUUAUUCGACAAACGCAUCUUCGUCCUUCGACCUGGUAGUUAAUCAGAAACAAGCACAUGAUAGCGAUGUAAACUGCGUACGAUGGAGCCCACAAGUACUGGAUAAUGGUGGUAUAAAGACAUUAUUGCUUGCUUCCGCUGGUGACGAUGGUCUCGUGCGCAUUUGGAACUUUCACUUGCCCUAA